AUAUGGUGCAGCAGUGCUAUAAGCACAUUGUCAUAUCAGCCGUUCACUAUGACAUUUCUCACCUAUCUCCUGUCAAGGACUGACUUACUAUUAUAUUUUACAACAUGUAUUAUAUUGUUUUUUUACUGGAUUAAUGGAUCUAAGAAGAGCAAUGGAAAUAUGCCUCCAGGCCCUAAACCUCUUCCUAUUAUUGGGAACCUCAAUCUGGUGGAUCUGAAGAAGCCAUACGAGUCACUGAUGGAGCUCUCUGAGAAGUAUGGAGAAGUUUUCACUGUACACUUUGGACCCAAGAAGAUGGUGGUGAUUGCUGGAUACAGUGCUGUGAAGGAUGCCCUUGUCAACCAAGCUGGUGAUUUUGCAAAUAGAGCAGAUAUACCAAUUUUCAAACUAAUACGCAAAGACAAAGGUAUAGUAUUUAGUAAUGGUGAUUCUUGGAAAGCCACUAGAAGGUUCGCACUCUCAACUCUUCGAGACUUUGGAAUGGGAAAGAAAACAGUAGAAGCCAGGAUACAAGAUGAAUUAAUCCCUCUUAUUGAAAAUUUCAAAUCACACAAUGGGGAACCAUUUGACACAGAUGUCAUAAUAAGCUGUGCGGUGUCUAAUGUUAUCUGCUCUAUCAUUUUUGGAGAAAGGUUUGACUACAAUGACCCAGUUUUUAAAAAACUUGUUCGAUUAAUGGAUGAAAAUACCAAACUCUUUGGCUCACCUAAGGUGUUGCUGUAUAAUUUUUUUCCUCGCAUUGGAACCCUUCUUGGAGCACACAAACAAACCGUGCAGAAUUAUGAUGAACUCAUUGAGUAUGUUUUAAAGCGCAUCAAAGAUCAAAGACAAAAGCUUGAUACAAAUGCUAUCUCUGGAUUUAUUGAUGCAUACCUUUUGAAACAAGAACAGGAGUCAGCCAAAGUUGAAAAGAUCUUUGAUGAUGAAAAUCUGGUGUACUCAAUUCUGGAUCUCUUUGAAGCUGGGACAGAAACAACAUCUACAACACUACGCUGGAGCAUGUUAUUGAUGAUGAAGUAUCCAGAAAUACAAAAAAAGGUACAAGAAGAAAUCCAGACACAAAUCACACAAGGUCAGUUGCCAACAAAUGAUGAUCGCAGGAAUAUGCCUUAUACUGAAGCAGUAAUACAUGAAAUUCAGAGGUUCGUUAAUCUCCUUCCUUUGAAUGUGUCACAUAAAACUCCACAUGAUGUGCAUUUCCGAGGUUACUUCAUCCCAAAGGAUACAGAGGUCAUUCCUUUCCUCACCUCUGUUUUGUAUGACAAGACUCAGUGGGAAACACCUUACGAGUUUAACCCAAAUCACUUUUUGGAUGAAGCCAGAAAAUUUGUAAAACGAGAUGCAUUUAUGCCCUUCUCCGCAGGAAAAAGAAUGUGUGUUGGAGAAAGUUUAGCCAGAACUGAGCUUUUCCUGUUUUUUACUGGCCUUCUGCAAAGCUUCACGUUCUACCCACCUCCAGGAGUCUCCAGAGAGGAUAUAAAUAUCAGGCCUGACAUUGGAUUUCUUUUAUUCCCUUUGCCACACUUGGUAUGUGCAAAACUCAACUACUAGUCAAGAUCCACAACUAUGAAGCAAUGAGAAGAAGUCCUAAAUCCCCACCAAAAUGGAUGACACAUAAUAAAACGGGAUAUGUACUC